AUGGGCAGAUUCAAAAUUGCAUCAUUUUCAAUACUAUUUGCACUUCUUUUCAUCAAUACCAUUCAAUCUUCUUACGGGUUAUCAGUGUCAUGUAUGAUAGAUUACGAUUAUGGUGGUGCCCCUGCAGUUUACGAAUCUCAAGAGUGUCCGCAAUGGGUUCUCUCUAAUGGAUCUCUUCAAAAUCAGAAUCUCAACAACUGCCAGUUUGCCACACUCCAAGGACGCAGGGAGUAUCAAGAAGACCGUGUAGUAUGUGAUCUUGAUAUGAAACUACCCUUGCUAAAGAACAACUCUCUUGAUUUUGAAGACGAUGUAGUUGGUAUUUUAGCAGUUUUUGAUGGGCAUGGUGGAGAGUUACCUUUGAGUGAUUAUAAAGCCAUUAAGUUGGGGACUUUAAGAGAAGCAUUGUCGAAGACAAUUUUUGACAUUGAUCUUAAGUUUACUCAGGAGGCUAUUAAGAACAACUAUUUCUCAGGCUCUACUGCCAAUGUGGUUCUUUUGUAUGAUGGGCAGAUUUUAGUUGCCAAUGUAGGUGAUUCCAAGGCUCUUCUCAUGUCAGUGAAAAUUCUUUCUGCAAGUCUCUCAACUACAGAACUGACAUAUGAUCAUCACCCAGAUAGGGAAGAUGAAACGGCAAGAAUUAAAGCAGCUGGUGGUUCUGUUAUUUUAUGGGGUGUGCCUAGAGUGAAUGGAAUCCUUGCCAUGUCUCGGUCCAUUGGUGACGUAGCCUUAAAAAGGUUCGGUGUUAUAGCCGAGCCUGAGUUUACAGGUUGGAGAGUUUUAACCGCUAAUGAUAGGUAUUUGGUGGUAGCAUCUGAUGGUAUGUUUGAGAGCUUGACACCACAAGAUGUAGCUGAGCUGAUAUUUGAAUGGAAUUUAGUUCCUGAAAGGAGGAGAGAAUCAAAACUUCCACUUUCAUGCAUGUUUUCUGAAUCGCUGGCUGAGUGUGUAGUAACAACUGCAUAUGACAAAAGGCAGUCGUGA